UGCAGAUGAGGACAUGUGAGCAUGUCAGACUUAAGCCGAGUGAAGCAGGACAAUUCACUUCAGAUAACAUCUGAAACACCAGCAUCAUCAGGUCUACAGCGAAGUCAACAUGAAGACUCUCAGCCUGACCGUGGGACUGCUGCUCGUGCUGUUCACUGUUUACUACUGCGACGCCUCACCUUCUGGAAUGGGUUUAGUGCCACCUGAUCUUUGCUGUUUUAAAUUCUUUGAUAAAAGGAUCCCAAAGGUGCACAUCCUCUCCAUCAGAAAAACUCACAGCAAAUGUUUAACAGAAGCCUUUGUGAUCAACACGCCCAGAGGCGAUUACUGUGUGAGACAGAGUGAUGACUGGGCAAUGGAAGAGUUCGUCAAACGCCACAAUUAAGACAUGAAGAAUCUACCAUGACCCCAAUGACCGGCAAAUAGCGCUGGAGUUUUAGCUCUUUGUACUUUGCCUGCUUAAGUAGUCUUACUAUUAUUGAAGUGAGGAUACUUUUAUUUUGCAUUUAUCAGCUUAAUUAUCAGCAUAAGUUUAGUAAAAAGUAGCAUCUCUGAAAAGGGAAUUUGAGUAUUUGUUAUUUGUUUGUCUCUCACUCACUUUGGCAGCAGAACUUUAAAGAUUUAAAGAUUGAAAUUUAAAGGGAUUUCACUCGGGUCGUUCCUGUUUAGUUAAUGAAUUCUCCCUGAAUACUUGGUUUUUUUUUUUUUUGUAGUGCAGUGUUUCUGAGUCCUAACCAGGACAAAAAAGUAGCAGGCACAGAAAUGUGCUAAUUUAUGUCACUUUGAUUCCUGCCGACCUGAGAACAGAGACUAUGUCAAGUCUUGUUAAACCAGAUAAUCCCUGCAAGAGCUUCAUGUGACGACGAUAGUCUUCAAGUUGAAGUGUGACAGUAACAAUGAAGGAAAGUUCAUCCAUGAUAACGCAAACAGUUAUCCUGCUGCAAUAUGAAUCGUUCUCCACAAAGAUAUAAAUCACUGCUGGAGGACAUCACUGAAGAAUGGAGGGCUGCUUCUCCUCAGUCAGGGUGUAGCUAAUUUAGAUCAGUCCAUCUUCUCACCACCAUGUUUCACUGUAGCUUCGAUCCACUGUGGUAUCCAUCCCUCGCCUGUUUCUCUCCUUACAUAUGCCCCUAUUUUCCUGCCGCUAAUAUCUAACUGAGAGUUAUCAUUAAAAACAGUUUUAAAUUAUUUUGAUGCCUUAGACGUUUACAUGAUUUCCACAUUCAGAUAAAAAUAGUGCGCACAUUAAAUGCAUUCUCAGAAUUUGAUAUGUAUAUAUACAUAUAUAUAUAUAUCUAUAUGUAUAUAUAUAUUUCUCCAGUCAUUUUACCAUUUACUUUCACCGUGCCAUUGUUAUGCAGAUACAGUGUGUCGAAAGCAUUUAUAUAUCUCUGUAUAUUGUUUUUCUUUGUUCAUUAAAGUUGCAUUUCACAAAA